CCCCUCGCACCAUCUAAUUCAUGCGAUAGCACGAGCGAGCGAGCCGUUCAGGUCCGCGCAGAGGUUAUCGUGCCUGCUACGCUGCGCUUAUUGGUGCGCUGAGAGGACGCGUGCGCCUGCAAGGUCGCGCGCAUUCCUGCGUGCUGCGCGGGCUAUAAAUGUGUCAGUCGUGUAGACAUAGCUAGCUGCAAUCCCUCUCACUCGCUCGCUCGCUCGUUCAGCAUUAUGUUCUUCCAGACGUUCCUCCCACUAGCGGCGCUGCUCAGCCUCGCCCUCGCCAGCCCCACCGUCUCGGGCACCACCUGCGGCUCAACGAGCUACAGCGCCAGCGCCGUGCAAAAAGCCCUGAACGCCGGGUGCUCGUACUACGAGCAGGGCGGGCAAGCCGGCGGCUCUAGCUACCCGCACACGUACAACAACUACGAGGGCUUCGACUUUGCCGUGUCUGGGCCCUAUCAGGAGUUUCCGCUUGUGAGCAGCGGCGCUUAUAACGGUGGCUCGCCGGGUGCGGAUCGUGUCAUUUUUAAUACGGACUGUGAGCUCGCGGGCGAGAUUACGCAUACUGGCGCCAGUGGGAACAACUUUGUUGGCUGCUCUGGGACGAGCUAGAUGUGCCUGGCCUUCUGUUAGCAAAUGAAUGUUUGGUUUGGACUCUAUACUCCUUACCCAUACAAUUGAAAUCGAUUACAGUAUUUGAGCUUGUCAGCAGCCUCCGACUGGUGAAAAAAUGUUUGGGAUCCGGUCCUUUUUUUUGGCAUUGCCUGUUUGUAACGUUCAUCUCUUUAUACCAGGAGCAAACCCUGCCGCGCAUACCGGUGGAGCCUUUUUGGGAAUCGGAAUUUAUUGAUCAGUUCAAAAUUUAU